AUGUCUGUUUUCCAGACAAACAACAGAGGUUUUUUGAAAGUGCCAGAUAUGGAUUGUAGAAAGAACCCACCCUUCCUGGUAAUACUUGUAGCAUCUCAUCAUGACCAGAUCAAGACUCGGAUGGCUAUCCGUGAGACGUGGGGCAAGGAAAGAGUAGUUGCUGACAAACGCAUUGUGACAUUUUUUCUUCUAGGAAGCACUUUGCAUCCCCAUGACCAGCCGACUAUUCUGAUGGAAAGUUUGCUGUAUAAAGACAUCAUCCAAAAGGAUUUUGUGGAUACUUACUAUAAUUUAACUUUAAAGACUUUGAUGGGCCUGGAAUGGGUUCGCACAUUUUGUCCACAAUCUAGUUUUGUAAUGAAAACUGACUCCGAUAUGUUUGUAAAUCCUUUUUAUUUGACAGAACUUCUUUUGAAAAAAAACAGAACCACUAGAUUCUUUACAGGUGCUCUAACAAUGCAUGGUCAUCCAGUAAGGGAUCCAAGGAGUAAGUGGUAUGUGAGUAGAGAGGAGUAUCCAUGGAACAAGUACCCUCACUAUUGUUCAGGAGCUGGUUAUGUUUUCUCCACCGAUGUUGCUACUCACAUGUACAUAGUUUCUAAAAAGAUCCCUUUUUUAAAACUGGAGGAUGUAUUUGUAGGUCUGUGCCUUUCACAUCUCAAAAUCAAACUGGAAGUGCUUUGUUCAAAGCCAGUAUUUUUUAUACGCCGGAUAGAAUUCUCUCCAUGUCGCUACAAGAAACUUGUCACAAGCCAUUUUAUCACACCUACUGAGAUGAUGGUGUUCUGGCAUGGACUAGAGAAGUCCAUUGAUGAAGAAUGUCCAGGUGGUCAUCCUUAA